AUUUCCCAAACCAGGCCUUACUUUUCUUAACUGUACGCCCAUUUCUUUCUUUGCUGCCUCACUAUGUCUUUCUUGGAUGAACAGUGACAACAGUAAGAAAAAGUAAGGCCUGGGAACGAGGCUAUUUUACAUGUAUGCGUUGGAGAUGGCGUUGAGAGUGAAGGAAAUUAGUGCAAAUAUUCGCGAUGUCUACGACCAAGGAGAUCGAGAGGCCCUCUCUGAGAAUUGUUUCUUUGUGAAAGUUUCCUUUGAAGGGGAAGAGAGACAGACGGCCGUAAUAUCGUCUACCCUACCUACAUGUAAGUGGAAUGAGGAAUUAGUAUUUCCACUGAAGGAACCCUUGCAGACCAGCGGUGCCCAAUCACUCAAGCUUGACUUGUAUCGUCAAUUUAGUGUGGGAGCAAAGAAGAGUCCGUUUUUAGGCACAUUGGAUGUAUCUCUUGGUCGUCUCAGAAAUGGCAGGUACCGAUCCCCACCAUAUAUGCGCUUAAAGAACAAGAAGGGAAGGUCACUGAAGUCUUCAGCCAGCGUAACAGUAGAGUACGAUCCCCCUCCCAGUGUUGCCAAGGAGAUAUAUGAUGGGUCCCUCACACUAAGAGAGAUGAAAACUGCCUUGUGGGAUGCUCGUGCUAAAUGGAUGAGUCUGGGGAAUGUGUUGAGUUUACCAAUCGAAACACUACAGGUUAUUAAGAAGGACCACCGCACUGUAGCAGACCGCUUCACUGCAAUGCUUAGAGAAUGGCUGAUGAGUUCAUCCAACCCCACCUGGUCUCAGCUGGUUCAAGCCCUGAGGUUACCGUCCCUAAACCAUUCUGAUAUUGCUGCUGAGAUCGAGGACAACUACAUCAAGAGUGAUGACUCCUCAGUGCAAGAAAGCAAGGACACAGAAAGCUCUAGGUUUUCUACACUUCAAGGGGCACGCAUGGAAGCUGCCUUGUGGGAUGCUCGUGCUAAGUGGUUUGAGCUGGGGCUUGCUUUGAAUCUAUCUGAGAAAACACUAGAGGCUAUUCGUAAGAACCACACUGUCCUGGCAGAUUACUUUACUGCAAUGCUUGAAGAAUGGUUCAAGUCAUCACCCAACCCUACCUGGUCUGUUCUAGUUGACGCCCUGAGGUCAUCGCUUGUUGGCUGUUCUGGCAUUGCUUAUGAAAUUGAAGACAAAUACAUCAAAAGUUAUGAUUCGUCAUUGCAAGAAAACAAGGAUCCAAUAAGGUCCCUCACGCUAGUAAUGAUGAGAACUGCCUUGUGGGAUUCUCGUUCUAAAUGGUUUGACGUAGGGCUUGAGUUGGACUUACCAUACAGAACACUACAGGCUAUUAAGAAGGACCAUCGUACCGUAGCAGAUCGCUUCACUGCAAUGCUUGGAAAAUGGCGCACGUCCUCACCCAAUCCCACCUGGUCUGAUCUGGUUGAAGCCCUGGAGUCACCCGGCAUUGAGCGCCAUGACAUUGCUGCUGAGAUUAAGGACAAGUACAUCAAGAGUGAAGACUCCUCAGUGCAUGAAAGCAAGGACACAGCAGCCUCUGUUCAGGAGCAGUUGAAAUACCUACACAAGCUGAACGAGUUGCUGAGAGAUAAAAAGAACACCAUCAACCUUCGCUACCUCAAACUGUACCUAAUCGGCCUUUCAGGACUCGGUAAAACCACCUUCCGAAAACGUCUGCUGGGUCUCCUACCCAACCUGGCAUCAAUCCCACCACAAGACAGAAAACGCUGCAGCACUCUUCUUGCCGAGUGUAAUCAAGUCCUGGCUGUGUCAAGUGACUCCAAAUUGAUUCUCAAAGCCUCCACAGAUAUUGACAAGGAAGCACAACUGAUUUUUGCUUACUUGAUUGGCUUUCAGCAAGUUCUAAAUACUGCUGUUUCCAAAACUGUAGUUGAAUCUGCUGAUCCAACGAAUGAUCCCAUUGAUGAUUCAAAGCCAAAAGAAGAUUCUGAAACAAAACAAGUUUCCCAGGAAGGAACAAGCAAGCCAGCCAAACCAAAGGCUCCAGAAACCAAGGUCGACAAGAUCGUUGAAAACCUUCGAGAUAUUGUCAAGCGAGGCAAUUACAUUGAACAGUUGGUAGGCAACGUUUUGCUCAACAUCAUUGACAUAGGUGGACAGCCCGGCUUCAUGGAGAUGCUUCCAUUUUUGAGCAAAGGCCCAGGGAUGUUUCUCGCCUUUUUUCCGCUCGAUAAAGACCUUGACGAACUCUAUGAAGUUUCCUACGAACGUGACCAAGACAAAAUCACUCCCUACGAAGCAAAGUACACAAUUCGAGAGACGCUCUCCCAAAUUCUUUCAGCCAUCAGCCAUCACGUCACAGUUGAUUCGGAUCUUGAUUCCGUGGUUACCGAUAAAGUUAAACAAUUCCGAGAUCUUCAGGCUGUCGUGAGUCUAGUGGGCACUUACCAAGACAAGUUGGAAGUUCAAGCCAAUGCAGAAGUCGUUCAGGCAAAGCUCAAGGGGGAUUACCCCGGUCUUGACGCAAUCACCUUGGGAGCUGCGAUACAGCUGAUUCUGAAGGUGCAACAAGAAGUUGAAUCUGAGCAGAAGAAGGUGGAGGAUGUAUUUUCUGUAUUAGAGGCAGAGAUUGGCAAGCAGCUUGAAUUGGAUUCCUUUUUAAAAGACAUGGAGAAGCAUAUGGAGCAAAAAGCAAAAGUGAAGGCUGCUACUAAACCACAGCAGAAAACACAAGACAAUACCAAAGAGCAAAACAUAGUUGAAUUUCUCGAAAAAACUCUACCCCCUGAAAUUGAAAACAGAUUGAAACAGAGCACACCCAAAGCUAUUCAACUUUCCCUUCAGAUGAAGCAAUGUAACGAAACCCUCUCCAAGCUAGCAAGUGCAGUUGUUCAUCAAUUGAGCACAGAUUCUACCAUUCAAGCCGAUACUGAGAAGCGUUUGCAGGAAAAACUCCAAGAUAAGCACGAAGCCUUGUCCAUCAUCACCUCAAAUUUUGGUGACGUCAUCAACCACCCAGAUAACAAGCACUUUUUCUCUGUGGACAACUUCAAUGGCACAGAUGCUGACAUUGGUCCAAUUCGUGAGCACCUUCAAACAGUGUUUGACUCAUUUUUCGAAGAUGCCGAACUCCCGAUUCGCCCUGUACAGCUCCUUUUUGGGGUAAUUCUGAGAAAAGAGUUUGAAAUUGCGACGAUGGAAGAGUGUAUUCAGAUUGGCAAAGCAUUGAAUAUGGAUGAAGCUGAAGUGAAAUUCACCAUUUGGUAUUUGCACCAUUGUGUGGGGGCUCUUCUCUACUACCCUGACAUCGACGCUUACUUCAAAAACUGUGUCAUCUGCUGCCCCAACGUUGUCUUCAACAGCAUCAGUCUCUUGAUUGUCGAAUCUCUUCUAUCUCUACACUCAUCCGAUAGGAAGUCUCGCUUCACCACCGCCGAGAUCAAGAAAUGGCAAGAAUUUGGGCAAUUUUCUAGUGCUACGAUUAAACGCUGCUGUUCCAAGUCAAACAAGGCAAAAGUGAAGGAAGGUGAUUUGAUCCCGGUCGACAAGCUUGUGAAGUUGCUUGAGCAUGUCAGUCUCCUUGCACCUAUAUUUGGUAAAGGUCCCCGGCCACUCUACUUCAUGCCAGCUAUCCUCGAGUGUGCCUCAAAGGAAGAGCUCUCAAAUAGUCCAACCAUCGACUCCAACACACCUUCUCCAAUCAAGAUCACCUUCAAGUCUGGCUAUGUGCCCAUUGGUGUCUUCUGUGCCAUGAUCAGCAAGUUGGUUUCCGAAGGACAAAAAGGAAUUUUGGGGCUGAAAUGGGAUCUGCGAGAAUCUCGAGUGAUGAGAAAUCUGGUCUCUUUUGAAGUCGAUAGUGCCAAACACCACAUCACGCUGGUAGCUCACGCCAACUGUUACGAGAUUCGAAUCAAAAGACAUGAAGAUUGUGACAUGCAUGAUCUCUGCUCCUAUGUGCUGACUACUGUUCUGUAUGUGAUGAGCGGAAUUAGCAAGAAGAUCGAGCCGAUUACUGCAUUCGAUUGUCAGUGCCCAAAGCAUCAAAAAGCUGAGGACGUGUGUCUGUGCAAGCUGGAAGGACGCAACCCCUUGUUUCGAUGUGAGCACGGCCGUGUUGACAGUCUACCACCCCAUCAGGAGUGCUGGUUUGCAAUGGAAGUUGAGCUGGAUGAGGAAGCUGUUCUUUAUGCCCUGCCAUUUGCUGACCCUGAUUCAAACCUCUCCUUUAGGUGGACCUGGAAAGGUAAAAAAGUGGCGUGUGGAUCAUUGGAUAGCGAACUCACUAUGGACAAAGUGACGAGGGAUCAUUGCGAUGGGUUCUACACAUGUGAAGUAUCCAAGAACAAGCAGCUCUGCUUCAAAGUACACCACUGCUUGAGAAGUAUCAGUAAGGCCACAGCUACAGGUGGUGAAAUAACUCUCAAGACUGUCAAAGAUGCUACUUGGACUGUUCGUGCAAAGUGGGACCACCUGGCCAUUAACUUGGAUGUGGACGACGGAACUAUUGAAAGUGUACAAAGGUCCCACAAUGGUCGUGUGGAUGAGUGCUUUGUUGCAAUGCUGAAUGCCUGGUUCAGGAAGGGAUCUCCGAGCUGGUUGGACAUGGUGGAGGCUUUGAGAGGUCCCGGGGUGGAGAGGGGGGACCUAGCUGACGAUAUCGAGAAAGAAUUUUUAGCUUGAACACGUUUAAAACUUUUUUAGUCAACCUUUGACAAUUCAUUCAUUAGCCCCGGCCUCUAUAAUUAUUUUUAUUUUUGGACAUGGUUAUGCAUCAUUAGGUAUUUUGUUCCAAGA